AUGCACUUUAAUUAUUUAUUUCAGCAGUUUCCUCUCUCUCUAUCAUUAAUGUCUUCCUUCAUUCCUAAUCUAUGCCAAAUUAAUCGAAAAUUCUUUAAAAAACCUAUCUAUCUAUCUAUCUAUCUAUCUAUCUAUCUAUCUAUCAUGUCAAUUUUUUCAUUAUCUAUCUAUCUAUCUCUCAGUCUAUUCCUAUCUAUCUAUCUAUCUAUCUAUCUAUCUAUCUAUCUAUCUAUCUCAAUUUUUAUCUAUCUAUCUAUCUAUCUAUCUAUCUAUCUCAAUUUCUUAUCUAUCUAUCUAUCUAUCUGUUGUGAGACCUUCUCAUUUUUUUAUCAUUGUCCUUUCUUUUCUUUCUCACGUUUCCUCUUUCUUUCUUUCUUUUUCUUGACACAAAUACGAUUUCACACACUGUCCGGCAGUAACAGAUAUACACUUUCUUCUUCUCUCCGGUUUUCUUUUUUCUUUCUUUCUUCUUCUUACACAAUUCAGCUUGUAACAGAGAUAUAUACUUUCUUCCUCCCUGAUUUUCUCUUUUCUUUCUUUCUUUCUUUCUUUCUUUCUUUCUUUCUUUCUUUCUUCUUCUUUACACAAUUCAGCUUACAUCUGUUGCUACGGGUAAUUGGGUCAGUCAACCUCUUGACUUGCUUUCCCAAAAUGUCUCAAGACUUCCACCAUUUCCUACUACUCCCCCCCCAUACCCGCAGUUUUUUUUCUUUCUGUUUCCCUUUCCCUCUUCCUACCACUGUCCCCACUUUCCUCUCUGUUUUGAUUUUCUUUCUGUUUCCCUUUCUCUCUUCCUACCACUGCACCCCCUUUCCUCCCAGUUUUGAUUCUCUUUCUGUUUCCCUUUCUCUCUUCCUACCCCUGCCCCACUUUCCUCCCUGUUUUGAUUUUCUUUCUGUUUCCCUUUCUCUCUUCCUACCCCUGCCCCACUUUCCUCCCUGUUUUGAUUUUCUUUCUGUUUCCUUUCUCUCUUCCUACCCCUGCCCCCCCUUUCCUCCCUGUUUUGAUUUUUCUUUCUUUUCCCUUUCUCUCUUCCUACCACUGCCCCACUUUCCUCCUGUUUUGAUUCUCUUUCUGUUUCCCUUUCUCUCUUCCUACCACUGCCCCUCUUUCCUCCCCUGUUUUGAUUCUCUUUCUGUUUCCUUUCUCUCUUCCCUACCACUGCCCCUCCUUUCCUCCUGUUUUGAUUCUCUUUCUGUUUCCCUUCUCUCUUCCCUACCUGCCCCCACUUUUCUCCUCCCUGUUUUGAUUCUCUUUCUGUUUCCCUUUCUCUCUUCUUCCUAA